AUAGAGUUGCCCUGGGUCUUCAAUCUAACCCAUGAGACACCGUUUGUAGUGUUCUGCAUUAUGUAUUACUACUAAAGUGUUUUCAAUUAAACUGACAUCUUAAAUGCUAGCUUUGCCUGGCAGAUAAUGAAAUUCUUGUUUCUUUUCCAAGGAAGCUGACAUGAAAGAAGCUGACCAUGAAAGGUCACAGAGAUUUGUACUGCCUGUCUCCACAAUUACUAACAACCUACUCCGUGAUUUAAAUACUCCUGCCCCCGUGUGGAAAGCGGACGGGCCCUUGUGGGGGAGUUUUCUGAAGCCAAGCAGUGCCAGCCGCCCUUGAAAAAGUUUCUUCUUCAACAAAGGAUACGGCAGAUCUCGGUCAGGCGGCUCGGGAGCUCGGAGCCCCUCGCAGGAGGGAGGACUGUAAAGAGAGCUGAGAAUGAGAUGAACUUACCAUGAAAGACCUAAAGCUCUUGGUAUACACAUCAUCAAUGAGCUGCCGAUGAACACAGCAUAUGCCUCAGAGGAUGGAUGUUAAUGUGGUCUGGGACUCUGAGAAUAACAUUUGUGACACAGGUGAGAAGCAUUCAAAUUAUUCCAGAAAGACCAGUAAGCAGGUGGGCCACACAUCUAGCCUCCAGAAGGAGGUAGACAUGAAUUACCCACGGACACGCGGUCCUCGUUGCAACUCUGCUGGACCUUCAGGUAAGCAGGAGGUUCCUGCAGAGUUGCAGUGUGAAGACAAAGAAACCUAUGAGACCUGCUACCAGAAACAAGGUGAGAGUACAGCUGGGGUAUUUGUCCCCUCCAGUACCAACUUCAACCUGCAGUGCGAAGAUAAAGAUUUAGAGCACUGUUCCUCUGAGCGGUCCAAGAAACCACGGAGAAGACUACGUGACGAUAAUGAAAAUACCAUUCUUGCUGGUGUGUUUGAUGAGGACCUGGAGCCUGUCUCUGAGGAAGCUUUGCCGUAUCGGUGCAAGAAGUGUGGUUCCUCUUUCCAGGGCGUGAGCGAGCUGCAGGAACAUAAACGAACUCACCUUGUGGAAAACUCGUACCGAUGCCCUGUCUGUGCCAAAGAAUUCUUCCGGGCGGCAAAUUUGCGAAUGCACAAGCUCAUUCAUUCUAGUGAUAGACCACACAAAUGUCCAGAGUGUGACAAGGGUUUCAUUCGCACGGCUGAUGUCUGGAGGCACCUACGCAACGUGCACAAGAUAGAGCGCUCCAUGGUGAUCUUGGGAAACGGCAUGGCUAGGAACCCCUGGUCGAUAGUGCACCGUAACCAACACACUGUUGAGUACACUGAUCAGCCUUGUGCAGAAAACCAGAAGUCUGAGGAAGACGACUAUAAACCUUAUGCCUGUUCAACGUGUGGCAAAGGUUUCGAUAAGCCUAACCUGCUUUCCAAACACAAGGUGAUCCACCGACAAGACAAGCCCUAUAAGUGUCAGGAAUGUGGCAUGGCAUUCGUCCAGCUGCUCAGGCUGAAAAGACACCAGCAGACUCACUCUGGGGAGCGCCCCUUCUAUUGCGAGGAGUGCGGAGGGACAUUCACCCGGCUGGCAUCACUCCAGCGCCAUCACCGCAUCCAUACCGGAGAGAAGCCUUACUCUUGCAAUUACUGUGGUCAUUCCUUCACUGAGUCAGGUACCCUACGGAGGCAUGAGCGCACACACAAACUGGACAAAUCUUAA